GGCUGGGCUAGCUAAUCAGUGCUGGUCCCAGAACAGGAGCAGACCCUGGGGCUUUGCGUCGGUGCCACUGACCCAAAUGAGCCUGAAGCCGGAUGUCCAAGCCCACACGGAGCCUCAGUAUGGAGAGGAGGGUCCAGGACCUGGGGUCUUCAGAGCAUAGGCGGAAGACCCACUGCGGAGGCCCGAGUCCCAGCGGCAGCCCAGCAGGCGAGACUGGGCUACAGGGGAGUGAUAGGGUGGGGACAGGGAGUGGAUGCGCUGUCCACAUCCCCCAGACCCUUCAUGGUCCCAAACCGGUCUCCCCAAUGCGAGAGGCGGCCUCCCAGAACUGCUUUUGCUGUUUCCCAGGCUCCUGGGCGGGGCACUGGUGCUCAGGGCGGCGCGGCUGCGUGGGGCUGGGCGCCCUGGCGCUGCUGGCUGGUGUGAGCAUCGGCUUGUGGCUUCUCGUGCUGUAUCUGUGGCCAGCAGCCUCUCAGCUGGCUCCCAGGAACUUACAGGAUGAGGAGAUGCCUUUGGGCUGCCCAGAGGCCAGCGAUGAGGAAGCCCCACCCCCCUCGCUUCCCAGAACAGUGUCUUUCAGAAUAAACCCUGAGGGCUUCCUGCUGGCGGUACAGGUGAGGGCACUGCCGGCCUGGCUCCUGGUGUGUCACGAGGACUGGAGCUCUACCCUGGGGGUGCGGAUCUGCCAGAGCCUGGGGCGUCUCAGACUCACUCACCACAAGGGAGUGAACCUGUCUGACAUCCAGCUCAACAGCUCCCAGGGGUUUGCUCAGCUCUCUCCAGGACUGGGAGGCUUCCUGGAUGAGGUGUGGCAGCCCAGGGACAGCUGUGCUUCUGGCCAGAUCGUUUCGCUCAGAUGCUCUGAGUGCGGGAUGAGGCCCCUGGCAUCCCGGAUAGUCGGUGGGCAGGCCGGGGCUCCCGGGCGCUGGCCCUGGAAGGCCAGUGUGGCCCUGGGCUCCCGGCACACGUGCGGGGGCUCUGUGCUGGUCCCACGCUGGGUGAUGACGGCCGCGCACUGCACACACAGUUUCAGGCUGUCCAGCUGGCGGGUGCACGCAGGGCUGGUCAGCCACAGUGCCCUGGGGCUGCACCGGGGGGCUGUAGUGGAGCGGAUCAUCCCUCACCCGCUCUACAGCACCCAGAAUCACGACUACGACAUUGCCCUCCUGCAGCUCCAGACACCUCUCAACUUCUCGGACACAGUGGGUGCUGUGUGCCUGCCAGCCGAGAAGCAACAUUUCCCAAGGGGCUCGCAGUGCUGGGUGUCCGGCUGGGGCCACACCGACCCCAGCCACACCCACAUCUCAGACACGCUGCAGGACACGGUGGUGCCCUUGCUCAGUGCACAGCUCUGCAACAGCUCCUGCAUGUACGGCGGCGCCCUCACCCCCCGCGUGCUGUGCGCUGGCCAUGUGGACGGGAGGGCUGACGCGUGCCAGGGUGACAGCGGGGGCCCACUGGUAUGCCUGGACGGCGAUACACGGCGCUUGGUGGGGGUGGUCAGCUGGGGCCGCGGCUGUGCAGAGCCCAAUCACCCCGGGGUCUAUGCCAAGGUUUCCGAGUUCCUGGACUGGAUCCAUGACACUGCGAGGCACAGAAAAGAGGCCAUAUUGGAGGAGGACACAGAAGGUGGUCAUCAGCAAGGCAGGAAGGAAAUUCUGCGAGAACCUGACCAUGAUAUCACCUUGAUCUUGGACUUCCAGGCUUCAGAACUUGGCAAAGCCAGGACUUGAAUUCAGGCACAUUGGUGCGACUCGGGAGUCCAAGCCCUAUCCGCUACAGUCAUGGCCUCUUAAUUAGGGGUGCCGAGAUGAACAAGGUAGAGGACCACAACGCGAUGGCAGGGUCUCAGGCCACAAGCUGUGUCCAAGGAUCUCAGCUCCACCCCCCUCACACCAAUUUCACCAGAGAGGCCCUGAGUAAUGGCUCAGCUGGGAGCUGUCCAGCUUCAUCUUCCAGACCUACUGGGAAAGACUUCUGAGGCUCUCCGAUGGAACUUGGUGUGGGAUUUGCUGGGGCCCUGCAAGUGGCACACAUCACUUUCUCCCAUAUCCUCUUGACCAGAACUCUGUCACUUGACCAACUCUAUGACAAGGGUCUGGGAAAUGGUAAGACACUCACAGAUUUGAGUGAGGCCCACCAGCUUCUAAAAUGGGCUGCCACGCACUAUCGACAAUGGCUAAAGUAUGGAGAGAGCUCAAAUGUCCACCGACGGAUGAUAAAGAAG